CUGGCGAAGUAUACGUCUUCGGGAACUGCAUACCAGGGCCCGGAGCACCCGGCUCCACCUUACUCUUCGGUGUCGCGACGGGUCGUUUUCGGAUUUCGUCGUAUAGGUCCUCCUCGUCUUCGGGGGGUGCGCCGUAGCCCUUCGUCCUUGCGCGUGGCGGUGGCGGGUUGAACGACUCCUUCUUGUCGAAAGCUGGCAUCUUCGGUUCGUCUUCCUCGGACGAACUGAAACCUGAGACGUUCUUUGGUAUGGGUUUAUCUCGACUGCUCGAGGUAUAUGCCCCUUUCGGCGCUGGUUUCUCCCAGCCCAUAUCAUCCUUGUCGAACCCGAACUUGGUAUGUCUCCCUUGCGGUGUAGUCCCUGCUCCCGCCGACCCCGUUUUCCCCCGAGGAAAAUUGGUAUCGUCUUGGUAUUUUCUGCUUGUCGGCGCCGCACCCCGCCUCGACGUCUUUUCCCACGCAAACCCACCAAAAUUCCCUUGCUUACUCGAUCCCGUCCCCGAACUUGGAGGUCUCCGAGCUUCUUCGCGUCGAUUCGUGGAAGAGUAUGCUGAUGGACCAGAUUUCUGGCUCUUACUCCCUGAAUCACGAUAUGACCAAGGAUCUGGACCGGUAUUUUUGCUGGAUGAGGAGGAGGAGGUCUUGUCGCGAGAGUCUGGACGUGGAGUCUGUUUUGGUGUACUCUUGCCGGUGCCGUAUCCGUCAUGUGCGGAUCGUGGAGGUUCUUCUCUUCCUCCUUGUCUUCCAGAUGAUUGAUUCCACGAUGCAUUCGUUCGACCUGAACUUGACGAACCAUUUGUGUACCAAUUAUCAGUACUUGUUGGUUGGGGCUUUUUUGGUGUAGAAGUGGAAGUAUAUGUUGGUUUAGGUGCGGUGUGCGUAGGUCUUUUGUUCGGACCAAAGUUAUUUCGCCAGACGUAUAGGUAAGUCUGCCGUUUUGUCGGAUCUUUAAGGACUUCAUGCGCGAUUGCUACCACAAGAAAGUCAG